CGCAUAGUCAUAUUCCAAAAGAAUUCAGACCCUCUCUUCUCUACGAUAACUACCUUUGAAAAUUCAUACAUCAUAACAAGUGAAAUUUUCUCUCAUUUCAUUUACAGUUUAUUUCACACAGGAUAAACAAAAGGCAGGGGGUAGCAUAAAGGGAACAACAACGCCUCAGAGGUAAUACGAAAAGGAAGGGGGGCACUCAUCAAGCAAGGCUUACGACCAGCCAAGACGGAUUGAAAGGAAAGGCACCCUAAAGCUUUUCAAAUCAUUUUAGUGGCCGCUAGAUUAAAGAAAACCAAGAAGAAGAAGAAGAAGAAAGUUCUCAUUCGACUCAGACAGAAAGGGGGGAAACAAAACAAAGGACAGAAAGAAGAAGAAAAAGAAAAAAAGAAAAAACAUGCUCCGCCGUCCACCGACAACCCUCCAAAUCACAGCCGAAGACAUCGCCGCCUACGAGGACCGUCGCGCCAGCGAAGCUCUCCUCGCGGCUCAACAGGCUCGUGCUGCGGAGGUCGCUGCGAGGGCUACGGCUGCUGCUGCUGCUGCAGCAGCUUCUUCUUCUUCUGCUGGGGCAACGGGGUCGAACGCGGGUGGUGCUGGGGAGGCGGCAACGCAGCAGACGACGGCUGCUAUGGGGGGGCUUGGGUUGGGGGCGCAGGCGAUGGAGGGGGUGCAGGAUGAUGGGGAGGGGAGGACGAGGAGGACGAGGGAGGAGAGGAUUGGGGUUGGGAGGAGGGCGAGGUGAGGUGAGUUGGAUUUGUUUGUUUGUCGUGAUAUGCUGUGGGGGAACGAAACGUGGGUUUACAACAUUUUUAUAAGCUUUUAAUUUUGGUGAAAUGGAUAAUGAUAAAUAAGAAAGUCCGGUAUUAUUUUAAUGCUG